GUACUGAAGUAAUAUACCCUGUUUUCUGAUCCCACUACCUAUUCUAAUCUUAUUCCUUGCCUUAAUCACUAUCACUAUUCUGACACUUCUCUAAAUCCCACCUUACUUUAAUAUUCUGCCUUACUCUGCCUUCUCUAUGAUUGCCAGUCAUGAUUUCCACUGAUGAUAACAAAAGAGUAAUGGACUGGAAACCAUCUGCAGAUGUGGAGCCUUCCAACAUGGUGUUUGUGGGCCAGCCAACCCAGACUUCCACCCCCCUUGGUACCAUGACUAUUGGGACCCCCAUCACAACCUUCUUUGGAUCCCCAGAAUCCUUGGCACAAGGCAACACCUCUAUUCCCACCACGUCUUCAGCUUUGGCCAGUGUCCCCAUAGCUGGUACUAUUCCCACAUCUGCCCUUCCAGUUACUGUUGCUACCUCUAGUACCCACUCUACAGCAGAUGCCACCUCUCUUCACCAAGAUGCUCCCCCAUCUUCCACCCCAAAUCUUAAUGCAACUUUAUGCAAAGACUCCUCCAAUAAACUACAGAAUUCCCCAGCACGUACUGCCCUCACUUCACAUGCUUCUUCCCUUUCUCCUCCACAUUCCUCUCAUUCUCCACCGCCACAUUCUAUCAUCUCCUCUUCCCCUGCCAAUCAUGCCCGAAGGACCCAUUCCUUAGAACACAAAAACAAGAGCCUCCUGGAAACUGAGAGGAAGACGGCCCAUCGGAAGACCGGUAAAGUCAGUGAAACUAACAGAGAAGCUAAGCAGCUGACAUGUGAGCGUCUGGUUGGAGAGAUUGCCUUCCAACUUGACCGUCGAAUACUGUCCAGUAUCUUUCCUGAGCGAGUACGCCUCUACGGAUUCACUGUCUCCAACAUCCCUGAAAAAAUUAUUCAGGCCUCCUUGAACACCUCAGAUCACAAGUUGGAUGAAGAGCUGUGCCAGAUGCUCACUCAACGUUACGUGAGUGUCAUGAAUCGGCUGCAGAGCCUGGGCUACAAUGGGCGGGUCCACCCAGGGCUGACGGAGCAAUUGGUUAAUGCCUAUGGCAUCCUGAGGGAACGGCCUGAGCUGGCAGCCUCUGAAGGUGACUCUUACACCAUGGACUUCCUCCAGCGGGUGAUCAUAGAGACGGUGCCCCAAAGCGUGCUCACUGAUGCCCUCCUUCUUCUCUCCUGCCUCAACCAACUCUCCCAUGAUGAUGGCAAACCUAUGUUCAUCUGCCUGGGGGCUGCCUUCCUACACCCAGGCUGGCCCCUGCAGCAGCGGGUCGGUCAGCCCAGGGCCCCCGAGCUUCCAGCCUUAUCUGGCCGGGGCGGGACCUGCCUGACCGAGGGAGAGCCGCGGGGGCGGGCUCUCGUCUCCACUUUCUCUUUCCAUUUUCCGACUUCCGCUGCCGCGGUCCUCCAAAUCCAGGUAAGGAGAGGGAUGUGUCCUCGGCACCUCCUUCCCGACCCUCAUGCCUAUCCCGCCUUGGCUCUCCAGUCCCCUUGCUGGAGCCCCCUCCUCAACCCUCUCAUUGGUUCUACUCCCUGUCUCUGCUCUCCAGGGUCCCUGGUCAGCCCCUACCACUCCUCUGCCUUGCAGACUCCUUUGGACAGAUGA